AUGAUUUCAGUACGUGGUCCUCUUACCUUUGAGGGGUGGUAUCCACGUGACCACAAGCCAGGGCAGUAUCCAACAACCGAUGAGGAGAGACGUGCAGCUGCUCUGAAAUAUGGACUCCGCCCAGAAGACUAUAAGCCUAUGGAUCAGGACGAUGUUGUUCGUUAUGCAGGUGACUACCCCGACUUUGGCCCUAUUACAUAUGACCAUAAGGAUCCCUACGAGAAUUGGACUGAUCGCCUUAAUAGAAGAAAUUGGGGAGAAAUGGUUCCUAUAGACAUGAUGCGCCAUCGAGCUGAUCGUUUGACUUUCACUGGAUUAGAAGCAGAAGAUUUCACUACGUAUGUUUAA